UAGGAUGGCAGAGGCAAGCAGAGGAGCUAAGGGAAAGGCUUUAGUACAAUAUUCAAAUGGGUUCGAGGAAGAAUAUGCUUCAAGAAUGUACCAGUUUCAGGUACUGUUGCCAAGUGGUGUGAGCAUCAGCCUCACGCUGAACAACCCUGGCGAAGAGAUGUUGGUUCGUGAUCUAUUGCAUAGUGUCAAGAGGGAGUUGAACAGUGCCCCUGUGGGAGGUGGAAAGGUGCGGGAGAUACACUGGGAUGGCAAUAUUUUUCUAACGGACCUCCUUGACAAGAAGAUUACAGACAAAAUCAAGUUUAGCAACUUUGAUACCAAGAGUACAAACAUAUUAAGACUCCACGAUGAAAAAGGAGGAUUUGUCAGUACAUUUGAGAAUAUGUGGGACCUUACCCCUCAGACUGAUCUGGUUCAAGAGCUUCCGGCAGAAUAUAGCAUUGAGAGUGCUCUUGUUGACCUUAUUGAUAAUGCACUGCAAGCUGUGUGGUCCAAUGGUAAUGGAGAAAGGAAGUUGAUCAGGAUAACAGCUAACAAAGAUAAGAUUGUGAUUUUUGAUACUGGUAGGGGAAUGGACGGUUCCGAUGCGAAUUCUAUCUCUAAAUGGGGUACAAUGGGUUCUUCUAACCAUAGAGCAUUUCGGCAGAAAGGUAUUGGUGGGAAAGCACCAUAUCUAUUGCCCUUCUUUGGGAUGUUUGGUUAUGGUGGAACUAUUGCUUCAAUGCAUCUUGGAAGAAUUGCUAUUGUUUCCUCUAAAACUAAGGAAUCUAGAAAAGUGUUUAUCUUACACCUAUCAAGGGAGGCCUUGCUGGAAAAACCAGUAUCUAAGAAUUCCAAAUACACUUGGAAGACUGCUGGAGGAGUUAGGGAUCCAUCUAAAGAGGAGAUGCUGUUGUCACCACACCAGAGUUUUACCCAGGUGGAGAUCUGUCGGUUGAAAAAACAUCUAGAAGUAGACAGACUUCUUGGUUUUUUGAAGGACAUCUAUUUCCCAUAUAUCCAGUAUGAUGAGGAUAAUGAAUCAACGAAUACAAGGAACCCAGUUGAAUUCGAGGUGAAUGGUGUAAAUUUAGCAGAGGUACAAGAAGGUGAAGUCACAGUAACUAAUAUGCACUCUUCAAAUGGUCCUGAUUUUAUUUUGCACCUAAAGUUUACAGAAAUAACAGCAGCUUCAUGUCAAUCCCAUGCGCGGUUGAAGUGUGUCUACUUUCCAAUUACAAAGGGAAAAGAAUCUAUAGACGCUAUCUUGGAAAAGUUAAGGAUCGAUGGCUAUGAAAUGAAAGAGAACUUUGACAAGUUCUCUCGUGUAUCAAUUCGUCGACUUGGGCGUUUACUUCCCGAUGCUAGAUGGGGUCCUCUUCCAUUCAUGGAAGCUAAAUACAGAAAAGGCCGCAAGGCUGAAUUCUUUAGAAGAUGCUGCAAGAGGGUAAAAUGCUUUGUAGAAACAGAUGCAGGGUUCUCUCCAACACUUUCAAAGACUGAUUUAGCACAACAUAAUCAUUUUACCAAGGCACUUCGUAAUUGGGGCAGCAAUUUUUUGAACAAUACCUCAGCUGAGGUUGAUGUUGAAGCUCAUGACAAGGACGGAAAAUUACUAAGUUAUAAUCAGCUGGAGAAACAAUACUAUGAUUGGAUCAAGGAAAUGCAUGAUAAGUAUGAUGUGGAAAUGGAUGGUGGGGAUGAUGAACCCACCCUUAUUAUCAAUCCAAAGUGCAAGGAACGACUUGCAAUAUCCAAUGAUGUUGAAGUCAUUAGACUUCAUAGAUCAAUUAGCAGAAAAGGGAAAACUUGGAGGAGAGGAGAUCAUCUGAAAAUUCAUAAGGGAGCAACUGGACGUAUGAAAACUGCAUUCUAUUCGUUGAAAACUUCUUUGUGUACCACUUUGGAGUACAUUGUUGUUGAAGGUCUUCAAGGAGAUAUUUGCGGUGAAGCCCGCCUUAUAUGCAGGCCUAUCGAUUGCUCUGACGAGCAAGGAUGCUGGCUCGAUGAAACCGAGUGCACGAGUCCAAACAUAUCUAUACAAGAAUCAGUCUCGUUUCCUGUCAGCAUAAUAGAAGAUAGACUGUGCGAAAUUAUGGAUGAUAAUUCUUGGAAUCAAGUGCUGAAAAAGAGAAAGGAGAAGGCUCCUGCAUGGAUUGAACUCAUCAGGAAUUCUGAAGUCGACACUCUUGGACUAGGAGGGGAUCUACCAUAUGAAGGUGAUGUAAUGGCUGGUUAUCAACCUCCACACGAAAUUGUAGCUGUUUUACGGCCAGGAAAUUAUACGCCUAGCUCCACUGGUCAUCUUGAGCAGAAGUAUAUUGUGAAGGAUGAGCUGGAGAUGGUAAUGGAGGUUAAACAUUUGGCCAGAAGUAAAGACUGUCCUGCAAAACUUGUUGAUAGAAAGGUGAAGAAAACCUCAUUGCAUAAUGACAUACAUGGACUGUACGUAUUUCCAUUGAGAGAAGCUUCAUGGAUAUUUAAAAAAUCUGGAGUUUACCAGUUUAAUUUCUCUGUGAGUUGCAGAGAUACAAGUAUCAUUCAGAAACAGACAACUAUAACAGUCUGUCCCGACUUGAACUCUAGGCGUUGUCUUUUCAGUAUCGUUGGCUCUUCUACUGAUAGUGCUCCUGUGAAUAUAAGGCUUGGAUGUCCAGUUAGAUGUCUUGUUGUUAAAAGUGUUGAUCAAUAUGGAAAUGAAAUUCCUUUCCUUGAUACAUCUGGCAUUACUAUAACUAUAUUUGAUGGUGAUGAUGUCCUUGCGCAUGUUGAUGACGUUGAAGUGGAACUCUCAUCAGAUUCAUUAGCGAUGAACGUCAAAGAUUUUGUGUUUAAAACCAGCAAGUUAGACAUACUACGGCCAAAGUAUGGGGCGAAGUUGAAGCUAUCUUCAUUGGAUAAUAAGUUGUCUGGUAUAUGGCCAUGUAAAGUUAAACCAGGCCUUCCAUCAACCAUUAUUAUGGACAUGUCCGUCUUCUUGGAAGAGAAUUUAACUCCUGGAAGAGUGAUUGAUAAUUUCCUUCUUGAGGUGUUUGAUCAAUUUAGCAAUCAGGUUGAAGAAGGAACCGAACUUAAUAUCCAUGUUGAUGGACUCUGCUUUCUAGAUAAAAAAAGCUCCGUUCAGAAGAUUCCUGAAAGUUGUCUGGCUGGAUCCAUUCUGGACAUCAUAUUUGAAGUUUCUGAUAGUAACGGUCUGAUUGAUGAAUCCAUAGAUGGACCCCUUCAUACACUCAACAUCACAUCGAAUGAAUUACCACUAGCGGAAGGAGCACGAUAUGCCAUUAAACAUGGAAGGUGUGUAGUUUCUCAUGUGCAGCUUCCUCAUGAACAAGGAAAUGUCACUAUUGUGGCAUGUCACACACAUUAUCCUGAUCUGCAAAUAACGAUUCAGUUUCAAGUUCAACCUUUUGAUUUGGCGUUGACCUGCUUUGAGGAUGGACCUGAACCUAUAUUGAGCGAUCCAAUUUUAUCCCUUGACAGUUCAAAUCCUUUAAUGCCCUUUCAAGUUGCUCCUGCUCAACCUAGUCAUCUUGUCACAUAUGUAAAAGAUGAUAUUAAGAAAGCUAAAAGUAAAGUUGGAGAUACCUUUUCAGAGAUAGAGUCUUCGAAAAAUAGACUUGUAACUCUUUAUUCUCGCAAGGAAUCACUGGAGGAGGAAAUUGACACCCUAAAAGGUGAGAUCGGGUCUAUGGUUGGUUAUUUCAUUGAUGCAAAGGAGUUAAUACGUCAUAAAAUUAGAGAAAAACUUGGUACUGCUGCUUUUGUUCUAUUGUCUAGUCGUCGUGAAUGUUUCAUCGAUGAUUUUGUUGGUAUUGUUGCCCUACUUGGAACUGUUCCAGACAUCAAAAUUGGCAGGAUGCUUGCUGUAUAUCUUGGCAAAGAUGACAUGCUUUCCGUAGUUUGCAAGACAAUGGAUGCUGCUAAUUGCAUCGAGAAAUACAACACAGAUGGAGAUGUAGAUGUUGGUUUUGGCAUUCAUCAUGAAGCAGCUACUCUAGGAGUACCCAUAAAGAGUAGAUUUUCUACCAUCUGCCUAGAUGAUAUAGAGUCACCUCUUUUCUGCAGGCCCUAUAAAUGUCUUAUGCAGAACAGUCCACAAAAGGAAUUAAACCUGACGUGGCCGUUUCCAUUUGUUAAAAGACCUAAGGGAUUCAAAGGAUUUGCUGUCAAUAUGAUAAAUCUUUCUGACGAGAACUUGAACAUAACAACUAAAGGUGGACAUGGACUCCGUGAAACUUUAUUUUAUAGUCUCUUUGGAGAGCUUCAAGUUUAUGAAACCCGAGAUGAUAUGUUCCGAGCCAAGGACUAUUUGAACGGUGGAGCAAUAUCAUUGGAUGGUGGCGUUAUUAAAGGAAAAGGAAAACUUCUUCUUGGUUACAGUGAUCCAAAGAUAACAUUUCCUGUUGCCUCCGGCUCGAUGAAGAUGCCAGAUGAGUUAAAAGGUCAUCAGGAUGUCAUCACGAAGACAGGAAACCUGGAUGAAAAAGUGAAGCUUUUGGAAGCAAUCAAAACCGAAAUAAGCAAACAAGAAAUGGUUGCUAAGGAACUGUUGGAGAAGUUCAACAAGAGGAAGCGCAAGUUUGACGAGAUAUCAGAGAAAAUAAUCCAGGCUUAUGGCAGGGAGCAUGUUCUUUGGUGCACCCCGGUGAAAGCGGAAAUGCAUGAUCUGUAA